AUGGACGGUGACGGUUGUAUACUUCGUAGGCCCUGUGUUAGUCACGUUUUUGCAGGAAAAUUAGCAAAGGAGUUCUACAGCUUUGAAAAAAUAGCCGAGAUAAAGGAGCUGGAUAGUUUCUGCGAUAGGAAUUUCUAUAUUCGAGGGAAGCAGAAGCCGAAAACAGAACCAUACUUAACUAAAGCUGAUCAAUCAGUUACGGUCUUGGACGACAGGGAAUACGUGCUCAAAAUAUUGAAUUCGGAUGACAGUAAACACGGAGAUUUAGUUGAUGCUGAAAAUGAAGCAAUGAGAUAUUUAAGAAGCAGAGAUUUCCCUUGUGCUUUAGUUUACCCGGUUACUGGGAGCUCAGGAACGAAAUUAUAUGCUCGAGUUCCAUUGCCACGUGAUCUAGAUGACGAAAAGACAGAGGAGUGUAUCGUUCGACUGGUUUCCUUCCUUCCUGGAGAAACAGCUGAAAGUAUGGGGAGGAUAAGCCAAGAAAACUUAUUCUGCAUAGGCCAGUUUGUUGGGCGGUUAAGUAGGGCUUUUCAGGUAAAAUGCUGUGAUAAUUGUAGUCCUCACAACAGCUACGAUAUAUGCUAAUUACGCUCGAGGUAAUAGGGAUGACUUCAUUCUGCUGCAGCCGCCAGUUUAUAGGUAACCUGCAAUCAGGCGUUCUUUUUUCGGGAAUAGCGCUGAACGUCGGUGGCAAAUUUGCAAAAAGGGAAGAAGGAUCACCUGACCUGUGUCGUAGAGAGGCUGGGGAGAAGGAGAAAGAAAUCGCCUUCACCCUCAUAUUAAAGAAAACAAUGUACUCAACUACAGUCAAACCUGUGUACAACCUUUGUGACAUACCAAGGUGACCGUUAUGUACUUUGCAUAAAAUAUAAGGCAACUGAAAAACUUGGGAAAUUUGUCCAGGGACCGUAAUAUACAGAGUGACCGCUAUGUACAGGUCAGCUUUGCAGAAAAUGUAAGGCAACUGAAAAUUUUGGAAAGUUGCCCGGUGACCGUAAUAUACAGGGUGACCGCUAUACACGGGUCAACUUUGCAAAAAAUAUAAGGCAACUGAAAAUUUUCGAAAGUUGUCCACUGACCGUAAUAUACAGGGCCGUUAUUUACAGGUUGGAUGUAUCUCAGAUAGACAGUUGUCAGGCUCGUCUACUCAAGACUGUUUUCAGCAAUGACUCUUAUUUCUUCCGUUUUAUUUACAGGGCUUUGAAUCUCCCGUGUUGACACAGAAGUUCGACAGGUGGAGCUUGGAGAAUUUUCUUUCUCUUGAGGAAUACAUCACCUUUGUCAACGACAGAGAGAUCCAAAGCAUUAUUCACAGAGUAAUGGGUAUUUUUAAAACUCAGGUGAUUCCAAAGCUUUCACAUCUUCGUCGUGGAAUAAUACACAACGAUGUCACUACGGCAAAUCUUCUUGUCGACACGACCCAAGGUAGUCUUAAAAUCUCAGGGCUGAUUGAUUUUGGUGACAUACGCCAUUCGUGUGUGGUGUUUGAGUUGGCGAACGCCUUAGCAUCAUUUAUUAACGAAGACCAGAUGUUAGUGGACAGCGGUUAUCUUGUGGCUGGUUACCAGGCUGCUUGUCCCAUUCCCGGUCUGGAGUUCGAUCUCUUGUACGAUGUCGUGUUGGCCCGUUUGUGUCAAGUUGUUAUCAUCACUAAUAAAGAACAAAUAAAACAUCCAGACAACAGAUACCUUAAUCAUACUUUAGAAAAAUACUCUGCUAAUCUCACAGCUUGGUUUAAGACUUCUAAGGACAAAGUCUUGAAGUGUUGGAGGAAAAUUGGGCUAAAGAAGGCCGGGAAUUUCCUCAUGCAAUAAAAUAUUUGCUGGCCUCUUAGGAAUCAUAGGGAUUAAGGUAAUUUUCAAUCGUGGUCCUAAUAUUAUCACCUCUCAAUGUUUAGAUGAAAAAUAAAAACCAGGGGCACCCAACGACUGUUUUCUGUAAAAUAUCUGUUCGGGGAAGCGAUUAUCGCCUAGAAUUUUUCUAUCCCUUAAGGACGGCUAAACAUUUCUAGAUAACCUUUCCACUCAUGUACAAUUUUCUAAGCUUAUCUAAUUUAUUUCCAAC